UCUUGAAUCGUUGGACAAAAACUUGCCCCUCUGUCAACAAAUUACUUAGUUGUCUUUCCAUUCUUCUAUCUCUGCAAGAACAUUUGCUUCAAACUACACAAGAAUCUUGAAUCACUCUCUUUCUCAGUCUCAGGGCACCCGCCUCCAGGGGUUUGGUCACACGUAACUGAGGCGACGCCCCUCAUUUCACCGCCACAUCUUCAUCAUGUUCAUGAUCAAAAAUGUGAGCAAAUAUCUCUUUGGAGACGUUUCCAAAGAGGUCAUUACCGAGAUUCCUCAAGGCCAGCUCUAUCUGGUCCGACCCCUCUCACCGAAAGGCUACUCCGAAUUAAUCUACAAAGACGCCGUCGCGAGUAUUCGACGAACUGGUCAAGAGUUUCAAUACCAGCUGGUAAUACAGCGAGCAUACGAGGAAGGAGAAGAGGAACUGGCAGAAGACGAUGAGGACGAAGGAGUUGACGCCUUGGACAAAGACGAAAAGACAUUCCUGCUUGAUCAAGACCUACAUUUCAGAUCCGAAAAGAGAUCUGGCGGAGAAACCAUUUUGGCUUGGCGAGAUCUAAGCGGUGAUCCCGGCGAUCUCUACGAAUUCGUCUGUGACACUUCGAUUCAACAAGAAAAGAUUCAAACAUUCUUGCUGGCUGCAAUCGAUUGUCAGUACGAACGGAAAUAUCGCAAGUCAGCUCAAAAGGCAACCGAUCCCGAACUCAGGGAGUUUUAUUUUGACAACGAGGACGCCAUUCCGGCUGCCAGCUCGGUUUCUCCUACCAAGGACGACAUGCCUACCUCAAAGGAGUCAGCUGAGCGUAUGGCCAAGGAUGUAAAAUCUCCACGCAAAACGAAUGAGUCGACGACAACAGAUGUUGUCUCGACAUCUACUGCACCACCUUCAGCAAAGUCCGCACCAGCCUCCGGAGAGGUAUUGACCAAGCAGAAAGCCGAGUUACAUCUCUUUGAUUUUCAAACAUCAACCUUCAUCUUACAGGAUGCUUCCGUCUUCGCUGUUGUUACCGAUCUUGGAAAGUGGCAAUAUUGGCUGCAGAUUACAAGUUCUGACGGCCGUGAAUGGCUCGGCCAACAAAUUGUUGCUGAUAUUAACCCAGUAUUCAACUUUGAAUACCUAUCAGCAAUUUUCAACCAUUACACCGAUGACGGUUCAGCGUAUUCUUGGCUUCUACGAUUUCACGACCAAGCUACACUUGAGAACUUCCAAGAAGGUAUCAUGCAAGCAUUGUGGGAACAACUCAAUGAAAUGAAGUGGGCAAAGGUCAAUGAACCAGAUCGAGAGUAUGUCUUUGAAGCUUUCAAUGAGCUGACAAUGGACGACGUUCCAGAAGAGGCUGAGGAAGACGAGGAAGACGAAGAGGACGAGGAUACCGAUGGAGGUCAGAGAAGUGAGCACUACGACACAGAUGAAUCCGAGGACGAUCUCGAUCUGCAUGACAGUGACGGCAAUGUCAAUUCACAGUUGGCUGUCGGCACCAAACAUGACCGAUCGUUCGUCAUUCGAGGUUCCAAAAUCGGUGUCUUCAAGCAUCUUCCGAAUCGACAUCUUGAAUUCACAACCAAUAUUUCCAAGGUCGAAACACCCAAAGGCAAACUAUUCAGACCAAACAAAGUCAUGUUGCACUCGGAAGACCAGAACAUGGUCUUACAAGACGACACCAAUCCCAACGCCCUCUACCGUAUGGAUCUGGAAUACGGCAAGAUCAUCGACGAGUGGAAAGUCCAUGACGAUAUCCCGGUGACGAAUUUUGUGCCAGAGACCAAGUUCGCCCAGCAGACGUCGGCGCAGCCAUUCAUUGGUCACAGCCGGAAUGCUCUCUUCCGAAUAGAUCCUCGUGUGGCUGGUAACAAGCUCGUCGAGGCUCAAUUGAAACAAUACGUCUCCAAGAACGACUUUUCCGCUGCAGCCACGACAGAAAAAGGACAUGUCGCAGUCGCAUCCAACAAAGGUGACGUCCGUCUCUUUGACCGCUUGGGUGUUAACGCUAAGACUCACAUUCCUGCUCUCGGUGAAUCUAUCAUUGGUCUUGAUGUCAGUGCCGAUGGACGAUGGCUCCUUGCUACAUGCCGCACAUAUCUACUUUUGAUCGACACUUUGCAGAAGGACGGCAGAUAUGAAGGCAAACUGGGCUUUGAGCGCUCUUUUGCCAAAGAUAGCAAGCCUCAGCCACGCCGUCUUGCUCUGACCCCGAGUCACGUCGCACAAUUCCAACAUGAGACGAAGGCUCCUCUUUCCUUCACCCCGGCUAAGUUCAACGCCUCACCAGACAACCCCGAAACAAGCAUCAUCACCUCGACAGGACCGUUCCUCGUCACCUGGAACCUUAAGAAGGUCGUCGCUGGUAACAAAGAUCCUUAUCAGAUCAAGCGAUACGGCGACAAGGUUAUGGCGGAUAAUUUCGAAUUUGGAUCAGACAAGAAUGUCAUUCUGGCCCUACCAAACGAAGUCGACAUGGUUAGUCGGAAGAGUUUCAAGAAGCCAACGAGGGAAAGUAUAGCUGGACCAGCCACGAGGCUGAGUGCUGGAGGGUUGGCUACACCUCGCCGCAGUGGCCGACAAAGUCAUUUGCGGGACGAAAUUGUGAACAGUCCAUAUUAGUAUGGAGUAAUAAGGAGUCCAGAGAGUUUGCAUGGGAAGUCACGAUUCCAAGACAAAUGUUUCGAUAGGGGAUUUUUUUGGAGUGAAGAAACUGUGUGGUCAGGACACCACACAUUUUAGGAAUUUCAUUACAGCGAGCCUGCUUUUGUUUGUUUCGAUACCCCCUGACACUUUUCUAUGUGCGCAGGCCACGCGAAUGCCUUGGGUAGAUAGUAUGUAGGUAGUUUAGUGCACACGACGAUAUGUGCUUGUGAGACACAAUGAUCAAUUAUCCUGAAAG